GUAAACCCUCUCGCUUCGCCUCUCCCUCUCUGCAGGAGCCCAUCCUAUAAAUUACUUUGGUAGCUGGUCUCUGGUAUUACUGUUCAGCUGAUCUGUUAAAACCUAUCCGAGCACUGAACUCGGAGAUGGCAAAAAUGGAGCUUGCACCGCUCAGACCAUGGGACGACUUCUUCCCAGGAGCUGAUCGUUUUGCUAAACCCGAUUUCGGAGAUUUAGCUAAAUGGAACAACAGGGUGAUCAGCAACUUGUUAUACUAUCAGACCAAUUACUUCGCAGUGGCCAUCGUGGUUUUCCUGGUCGUGGGAUUUCUGAACCCUCUUGGCAUGUUUCUGGGCGGGGCAGUGGUUUCUCUGGUCUUCAUGGUUUCGGUGUGGGCGGGAGAGAACAAGAAUUUCAUCAAGAACUUCAAGAAGAAAAACCCCACCCUGUUUGUCAUUGCUGUCAUGGGAACGAGCUACUUCCUGCUGUCACUAUGUGGUGGAGUGAUGGUCUUCAUCUUUGGAAUUACUUUUCCCUUGCUAUUGAUCCUGGUCCAUGCGUCUCUGAGGCUGCGCAACAUGAAGAACAGGCUGGAGAAUAAGAUUGAGGGAGUGGGCAUGAAGAAGUCCCCAAUGGGCAUCAUCCUGGAUCUACUAGACCAACAGGAGGAGAAGAUCAACAAGAUCCAGGACUUCCUGGAGUCUAAGCUAAACAAGGAGUGAGGGGAGAGAGCAAAAAUGGCACCCUCAUUCAAUUCAACAUGGUUUGCUUUUUCCUUUAACACUAAAAUCAAGUGUUGAUUUUUACCCCGCAUAAUGUCAGUGCUGUCACAUUCCCUUCAUUUGUCAUUCUCACUCCAUUUUGUUAUAUUGAAUGAACACUUUUUUUAUACAUUUUGUGUCAAAGUACCUGAUUUCUUUAGAGCAUUUCAGAAAGAUUUGUACAGUCCUGUAUGGAUCAUAUGUUGGGGGGGGGAAGGCACUCGGCACAAUGAAAUGAGGCAUGAGUGUUUCUGUAUAUUUGCCCAAUAAUGUUCAAAGGAACACAAUACACAUGUUGUCAUUAUGUAAUUGCAAUAUAUAUAUAAAGCUGCAUGCCAGAAUGCAAUAACUAUUGCACGUUAAAACAAUUGUGUUCAGUAGCAUAGCUUCUUGAUUUAUUAUCUAAAAAAAGCAAAUAAUUUAAUCAGAAUCAAUUUAUUUGCUACCUCAAAAGAUAAACAACUCUAUUUCCUCUCCUAAUGCUGAACUAGUGUCACUGGGCUCCCCUUCUAUUCACUGGACCAGUGACUGAAUAUUAACAAGUAGCAAUAAUAUCCCUCUUGUUACUUCAGACCCUGUGGGUUGGGCUUGAGAUGAACAUUUUCAGCUCAUGGCUAUGCAAUAUGGGAAAAUGAAUGGCAAAUGCAGCUCUAUUAAUUCAAGUAAUCAUGGUGUAUAUGUUUACUUUGCGCUUUCAUGUGUCAUUGAAUCUUCUCUACUUGUGUAUUCAGCAGAAAACAAAUGUUUGCAUUAUAAAAAACAGUGUAAGGCACCAAAGUAUUGCUGGAUAAAGAAUCAAUGCAUGAAUGUUACCUCUGUACUAUUAAAUAUCACACCCAUUAUGAAUGCUU